ACCAAACAAACACCAAAGGAAACUUUCCUCAUAAAGUGCCUUAAUUUCACAAAUAGUAAUUUAUGUGAUACAAUUUUAUAUUAAUACCAUUUGUGAGAUACCUUUUUAUGUAAAGAAACUGUGUGUGCCAAUUGAAUUGAGUGGUUGGGCAAACAUGAAAUAUGAUAUAGAAAUUCCAAUUACCAUAAAACUUACUGGAGUGCAAUAACAGGAGAGAGAGAGACCUUAUGUGCAGCAAGAAAAACACUCCAAAAAGCAACAGGAAGUUACAAAAAUAGAUAAGCCUAGCAAACAAGUGAUUGACCAGCAAACAAUACCUUUUCAGCAUUCUCUUUCCUGAAUAUAUACACUUUGAAUAUUGUGGAAAACAUGUUGAAUUGUUUUAGCACUAUGAGUGUGCCUACAUUGGGUGAGAUGGAGCAAACAAUUUGUAUGCUUGAACGUGGCACUAUUAUUACCAAGCUCUACUCUAAGCAUCGUCCAGAGCAGCGACGUCUAUUGUUGGUACGCGAAACACGGCAGCUUCUAUGGUCAUCCGUUAUGGCUGAUACCCGCACCGACUAUGAAGGAUCACUAGAAUUACGGGAAAUACGAGAGAUUCGAGUUGGAAAGUGUUCGAAAGAAUUUCGCAAUUGCGCUGAGGAUACGAAACGUUUUGAGCCGGCAAAGUGCUUUGUAGUAUUGCAUGGUAGUUCAUUUAAAUUAAAAACUUUUUCCGUUGUGGCACUCUCCGAGCAGGAAGCAGACCAUUGGGUACGUGGUCUUCGUUAUAUGGUACAGGACACGGUGACAGCACCCUAUCCACUCCAAGUAGAACGUUGGCUUCGUCGAGAGUAUUAUGCCAUAGAAAAUUCGAGUGUGCAGUCUUCGAAAGAUGGUGGUCAAGUGACAGUAAAAGAUUUUAAAUCGUUUUUGGCUAGUAUUAGCUGCAAAAUGACUACCAGCAAGUUGAUGGAAUAUUUUUCUGAAGAUGAUGUAAGACGUAAAAAUGAUUUACGUUUUGAUGAUUUUUCCCGAUUGUAUCGAAAACUGCUUUUGCCAAGUAAUUUUCUGGAAGAAAUGUUUUACAGCACUCCUGGCGCAUUUCCAUACUCAAAGAAUGGCGAAACAGUUACAUUGCGAGAAUUCCAAAAUUUUUUGGUGCAAGAGCAACAUGAGAUAAUGGGACGUGAUGAUGCCUCUGUUUCAAACUUCAUACGCGACUUUCUGCAAGAUGUUGAACGUGAUGUGCAGGAGCCUUAUUUUACUUUAAGUGAGUUUCUAGAUUACCUUUUCUCAAAGCAAAACGACCUCUGGGAUCGCAAUUGUGAUCGUAUUUACAUGGACAUGAAGCAACCUAUGUCGGCAUAUUGGAUUGCAUCUUCGCACAACACUUAUCUCACUGGUGAUCAGUUUUCCAGUGAAUCGUCAUGUGAAGCGUAUGCGCGUGCAUUGCGCAUGGGAUGUCGUUGCAUUGAGCUGGAUUGUUGGAAUGGGGCAGAUAAUCUGCCAUACAUUUUUCACGGGCACACAAUGACUUCAAAAAUUAAAUUUAAAGAUGUAAUCAAAACGAUAAAAGAACAUGCUUUCGUAACCUCCGAGUAUCCAGUGAUUUUAUCAAUUGAGCAAAACUGUUCUUUGGAGCAGCAGCGUAAUAUGGCGCAGGCACUAAUUGAGGUCUUUGGUGACAUGCUGCUGACCCAGCGGUGUGAUCGCGCUGAAGUACAACUUCCAUCACCACACCAGUUACGUCGAAAAAUUAUACUUAAGCACAAAAAACUGCCGGAAUAUGAAGAUGGAUGCCCUGGUGGACCCAGUAUAGUAGGUGGUGGCUCUGGUAUCUCGUCGAAUAAUGGAAGUAGAUCAUCCAUUAGUGGUGGAAAUGGUGAUGACAAUGAAAAUGUGCGCAAUUUCCUCAAAGAGGGAAUGUUGUUCUUUAAAGAUCCAGUGGACAAAGCUUGGAACCUCUAUCAUUUUGUCUUAACACAGCAGCAAUUAAUUUAUUCGUCGCAUUCUGAUGAAAACAAUACUGGUGGUGGAGAUGAUGAUGACAACGCCUUAUCACAGGGUUCAUCGUCAACAAUAAUACCCAAAUCGAAAGAUAAUUUUGUGAAUGACGAGCUGCACUUCGGUGAAAACUGGUUCCAUGGGAAAUUGGAAGGUGGUCGGCAAGAGGCUGAUCAACUUUUGGAGGCCUACAAGCAUCUUGGUGAUGGAACAUUUCUAGUGCGCGAGUCAGCCACCUUUGUUGGUGAUUACAGUUUGUCAUUUUGGCGACGAAAUCGCCCUAAUCACUGUCGUAUUAAGUUGAAACAUGAAAACGGCGCAACUAAAUUUUAUCUAGUCGAUAAUUUCGUGUUCGAUUCGCUUUACUCGCUUAUUGUUUACUAUCGGAAGAAUAUGUUACGCAGCUCCGAAUUCUCAAUCACCUUAAAGGAACCUGUACCACAACCGAAAAAGCACGAAACACAAGAAUGGUUUCACCCAAAUACAACCAAAGAGCAAGCGGAGCAAGUGCUUAUUAAACUGGAUGUGGGCUCAUUUCUUGUGCGCCCAUCAGUCCAAAGCACCAAUGCUUUUGUCAUAUCAUUUACAAUUAAUCGCAAAAUCAAGCAUUGUCGCAUCAUGCAAGAGGGUCGCCUCUAUGUUGUGGAUACUAUUCAAUUUGAAUCGCUUGUUUCGUUAGUCAAUUAUUACAUACGCAAUCCACUAUAUCGAAACGUUAAGCUAUUGUACCCAGUGUCUCAGGAAUUGUUGCGCCAAAAACUGCUCGCUUGUCAGGCAUCGUUGGAGCAUCAAAACGGCAGUGACUUCAGCGAUGCCUCCAGUUAUAUGGAUCCCAGUCUGGAUGACCGUGUGACAUGUAAAGCACUCUACAGUUACAAAGCUAAUAAACCGGAUGAAUUGUCAUUUCCAAAGCAUGCGAUUAUUAUGAAUGUUCACAGGAAUACGUCGAUGUGGUGGCGCGGCGAUUAUGGUGGUAUGGUUCAGCGCCACUUCCCGGCUAACUACGUAAAGGUGAUUGACUCUGCUGGCGAUGAUUACAAUUCCUUUAGUGACGAGAAUAACAGCGAAAAUAUCUCACGCACCGAUUCCAUUGACAUUCACGGUGCAAUUGUGCACCUUUCCGAAUCAAAUGAACCAGGCAUAUUAUUCCAGUUACAAAUUCAAACACCCACCAUGCAAAAUUCCUUCAUCAUCGGUUUUGAUAAUCAAGAAUUGGCUUAUGAAUGGAUAAAAGCCAUACAGGAGGGUGCACAAAUCGCCAAUCAACUGGCAACAGAGCGUCGUAAAAAGGAGCGUUCGGCACGGGUGGCCAAAGAAAUGUCCGAUUUGAUUAUUUACUUCCGAAGUGUGCCAUUUCGUGAACAUUCCUGGGUAUUCUACGAAAUGUCCAGCUUUCCCGAAACUAAAGCCGAGAAACAGUUCUUGCAACAGAACAGUAUGCUCUUUUUGCAAUACCAUCGCAACCAGAUCAGCCGUGUAUAUCCGAAGGGUCAACGCUUGGAUUCGUCCAAUUUCAAUCCGGUACCAUUUUGGAAUGUGGGCUCACAAAUGAUUGCGCUCAAUUACCAGACCGGUGACAAGGCAAUGCAGCUUAACCAGUCAAAAUUUCGAGACAAUGGGAAUUGCGGUUAUCUGCUGAAACCGAAGUUUAUGCAAGUUGAAGGCUUCGAUCCAAAUAACCCACUAGCCAUCACCUCAUUAGAGGAGCGCUUUAUAACAAUACGUAUCAUAGCCGGACGCCAUUUGUUCCGCGGUGGCAAAUCCAACAACCCGCUAGUCACUGUAGAGAUAUGUGGCGCUAGUUUUGAUACGGGCAUUAAACACCGCACAAAGGGUAGCGAGAACGGUUUUAACCCAGUGUGGAAUGAAAAAUGUGAGUUUGCCGUACGCAAUCCACAUUUUGCGCUGCUACGUUUCGAGGUACAAGACGAAGAUAUGUUUGCAGAGACGCAUUUCAUAGCGCAAGCAUGUUACCCAUUGAAUUGCAUACGAACAGGCUAUCGUAGCAUAACGCUGCGCAAUAAAUUCAGCGAGGAGCUCGAACUGGCCUCGCUGCUUGUGCAUAUAGACGUUAAGCACACCGCCACAAAUGCAGCUAAUGAGCACACGGUUGUUGUGGGGUUUUAAACAGUUGAAAGAAUUGAUAAAACAAAUGUUGUUUUAUGCAAAGCUAACUUGAUACAAACACUUUUUGUUGUAUGUUUGUUAGCAAGUGUCCUUUAACUACCCAACGAACAAAUGCCACAAGGCAUGAUUACAUAAUUACAUAGUAUGUUUUUGAAACAAGUGAACAAAUUUAACACUUUUUUAAUAAUUAUUAUUAAACAUUUAAAAUUUUUGCAUUUAUUGCAUAUGUUAGGAGAUGAUGAAAGAUUCUCGGGAAACAUGUGAUAAAUAGAGAAUUAUUAAUUGGUUUCCUUCCUUCUGCAUAAGGAAAUAUGGAAACCACGUAAAGAAAAUUAAAUAUAGAAAAGAUAACAUUUCUUUCCAGAUUUCUUCAUCUCGCCAUUAAAUGUAUCGACAUAUUGUAAAACUAUUGUUUUCUCAAUAGAGUUAUAGCACUGAAACUUUUCUUCCAUUGACUAACUAUUGCAACUCUUAUAUAAAGACUUAACAUUUUUUAUAUACAUAUGUGUCUACUUCUAAGCAAAAUGUACUUUAUUAAUUGCACGCAACACUGCAUAUAUUUUAAAUUUUAUUACAUCUUAUAUAUGUAUAGUAUCUAUAUAUGUGCGUAUGUAUAGUUAUCAUAUGUCUAUGUAAAUUUACCAAAAAAAGUAUGUAUACACAAAAACCUAUUUUACAGAUGUCUCAAAUUGUAACAACAACGAAAUUCGAAAAAUGGUUCCAAUACGAAAGAAAACAAAGUACGAGUUACGAUACGAAAGACGGUUUUAAUUGUAACCAGAUCUACACUUUUCAUAUUUCCAUUAGGCUUUUUUAGAGCUUAGUCUAUAUAAAAUCACAUGCACAAAAUAAACCAGCAGGAUUUUUUAAUUAAGUGUUGAGACAAUGUUCCAAGACACCCCAACGGGGGAAUCGCAGAUUUUUAGACCACCACCCCGGACCGUACGUUUCUACGUUACCAAGGACUGUUACUCCAACAGCAGAAGGAGUGUUUAUACUACUACACUUAUUUUCUAUAACUGAGGAGUCAUAACAGAUGCGAUUAAAGUAUUGCUUCUGCUGUUGUUACAGCAGUUGCACCAUCAGUCUUAUGAAAGAAUUCAGAUUCUUUAAGUUGCCUAGGAAUUUUUUUGCAUAUUAAAAGCAUCAGUUAUUUCUCAUGUUUCAUGGUGAGUGAACGCUCAGAAAUUUUAAUUGUUGAGUUGAACAAUUCCAAGUUUUCCGUACAUAUAUUUAUUUAUGUAUAUAUUUUUGUUUUUGUUAUAUUGUCACCAAACUAUUUGAGGGAGGGAGGGAGUAUAUGUACCAAUAAGACAAGACAAUAAAGUUAUAUAAUUCAUUAAAUUUCGGAGAAGGUAAUAUAUAGAACGUUGAAAUAGAAAGUAUUAUCACAGUUUUGCACUUCAAUGUAUGGUGUUUGUUAUUAACUGUAGUAAAAACUUGCGUUUUAAAACUAAGAUUAGCAACUUUUGUUUAUAAAAACAAGUUGGUUCCGUGGAAAUUUGAAAAUUUUGUGGAAAAUGUGUCAUUACAGUAAUAAAAGCCGAUUGGCAGAGUGUUUAAUGACUUUACAACAACAAUAACACAUAAUAUAGCUGCUAUUUUUUAGCUCAGUAGUCCUUGUUAUUGGGAUAGACUGGCUAUAAGGCAAAUCUCUGACUUGUUGUUAUUGUAACAUUUUUGGGGAGGGCUGCUUAAGGGGUUAUACGCAGUUAUGAAGCAAAUAAAAGACGGGUUGUCAAGGAUUUAUCCUGAAGAAACUUCAGAAUAUUUUAAUUUGAAAAUUUUUGGCGGUUAUAAAAGCAUCCUUCAAGAACGUAACAAAAUUUUUUAUUUAUGAAAAUGUUGAUUAUAGAGCGCGCUGCAGGCGAUUUCUGGAACCUCCUUUAAAAAAGGCGAUUUACGGUGUACAUCGUAACUCAGGAUUGGAUUAUCUGAAAUCAAAAAACCAAACAAAUUUUGUUAAAAUAUUAGAUUAUCUAGUAAUUAAUCGUUCGGCUAAUCAAAAUAGUGAAUUUUCACAAAAUGGCAGCUUUUAAUAGAAAUGAUUUCGAUUUUUACGUUAAAAUUUGGCCGUAAAUUGAUUAUAAAAUGGAAAAUAAGUAUCAGAUUUACAAAAGAAACGAUUAAUUACUAGGAAAUGUAUAUUUAAAGAUUGAGUUAAAACGGUUGACCGAUCAAACAAGCCGUUUUCGAGAUAUCGUGUACACCGACUUGAAAAAUGCCGUUUUGAAAAAAACACGUUUAAAGUUUCAAUACCUACCUUAAAACGUGCCGAGGCAUCUCUACAUAUUUAGGUAUAACUCCGAAAGUAUUGCUUAGAUCGACUUCAAAUUUCGUGCGUAUACUUUUGAAUAUAUGUACAUUACAAAAAUGCAAUAAAAAAAUCGAUUUUUUUGAAAGUCAUAACUGCGUAUAGCCCCUUAAGUGAGUCCUUGGCUGAAUAUAAAUACGGAUCGUUCGGACUGUCGUGGGAUUUUGACGGGCGUGUUGAUGUUGUUGUUGUUGUAGCAGUAUAAAAUUCCCCAUACUUACAUACGGGGAAUGCUGCUGGAGUGACAGUCCUUGGCCCGAUAUAAAUCCGGGUCGUUUCGAUAACGUAGAACCGACUGUCGGGCUUGUCAAAGUAUUUGGUUCGUUACUUGCAUUUUAUUCCAUGCAAACCUUGAAGUCCAUUGAAAUCUUUGCGAAAGCGUAGUAAAAAUAAAGACUGCGUUGUUUACCAUCUUUACUUUUACUACGCUUUCUAAGUCAAUUGCUAUGCAAGUUUCUAUUUAUUCAUAUAAAU